AAAGAUAGAAUGAUGCUCGUGUGCACAUAGGUGAUGUUUCCGAACGCAGCCUUGCAUGAUUCGAGCAGGCUCAAAUGGACAUGAGCAGCGACGAAGAGGUGUAGAGUGUAGAGAGAGAAGAGAGAGAGAGAGUUGUUGAAGAAUGGCGUCUGCAGCAAGACGUCUGCAUGCUUAAUGGUAACAGCCAAAGUCCUUGCCGACAAGAUACAACACUUGCCUUCCUUGCAGAAGAUAUCAGCGAGACGAUAAUAGCAAUAACGGUACAUGCACUUCACUAACUGUUAAAUGUGGAAACAGCGCGGAAAAUCAGUUUGGAUUUCCGCUCCGUGAAGUCAUUCAACUUCAAAGGCUGAUUCUGAACGAGCGAAAAGGUGAAAGUAAAAUUUCCCCGAGAAGAUAUACAUGUACAUACCUACGGGACGAGUAAAUAGACACAUCUCGCGAUACAUUUAAAUACAUCUUGUCGGUGAACAUCGGGGAAACAUGCCCGUGUUGAUGUGCCUCGUCGUCAGACAUGCUAACUUGAUCGAGUGUCAACUAACCUAAUUUGCGACUUCAUCGGCGUGAUAGUACGAAUAAUGUGUAUCUCGAUGAACGCGGCUCUCUUUACGAUGGAUAACACGAUCAACAAGUGGGACAAUGUCUGCAGACUAUGCUCGGAAGAGAGGAACGAGAUGUUGCCCAUCUUCGGCGGCGAGGGUCUGCAGCGCAGGAUGGCUCAGAAGCUGCGCGCCUGCCUGCCCGUGUUGGUGUACAAAACCGAUCCCUUGCCGAAACAAAUUUGUCAGUUUUGCGCGGCGAGGCUGGAUGAUGCGUAUGAGUUCAGAGAGUAUUGCCUGAACGUCUACAAGAAUAUGCACGCCAUGUUAUUCAAAUGUAAACAGAUAGAUUCUGUGCAAAUAUUCCUCGACGCGAUGAAAAACUCGCCGGAUCCAUGUCAGGCACAACUCUGCAAGGAGAGGUCUAGAGCACCACCGCCAUUGGUUCCUCUAUCAAUCGGUCUACCCUUUGAUGAUUCGGUAACUCCAAUCAAUCAAAUUAGCCAAGAUCAAUUGCAAAAUUUCUGCAUGGAAACCUUAUCUGAACUACCUUGCGAAGUAGAGAUCAAAGAAAUGAAUGUAGAUCCAAUUUUGGAUACUGGAACUAUGAUCUGUGAGCCAUUGAAGAAAAAACGCAAAUUAUCAGAAAUGUUUGACACAAAUGUGCAAACAAAGAUGGAUAUUGUUUCUAUAUUUGACACGGAAGAAGAAAACUCAGUUUUCAAGGUAGAUUAUCAAACGAAAAAAGAAGAGAAACGAACCAGUAUUUUGGAACAAGUUCUGACUGGUAAUUUGACGAUGAAUAAUCAUCAGAAACUACAACCUAGAGCAAGAUUAACUUCUGAAUGGUGGUGUGCACCUUGUAAUAAUUAUUAUAGAACAAAAGACAGUUUAAUGAAACACAUGCAAUUGCACUGCCCGCGUAUAUAUACUUGUAGAAAAUGUUCCUUAUCUUUCGAAUCUGUAGAAAUUUUGGCAAAGCAUGAAGCUAAUAAUCAUUUAAAAGUCAAAUUGGAUUUUACAGAAAGCUUAAAAGAUUGUCAUAAAUGUGAUCGGCAGUUCAUAAGCUGGGAAAUGUUGAGACAACAUAGAUUACGCGAUCAUUUAGCCGAAUUGACUGAGAUUGGAACUAACACAUGGUGUUCAUUGUGCAAUAGGUUUUUUCCUACCGUAGAAACUUAUCAGAAUCAUAUUCAAUUACAUCAAGCAAAUUCAUUAAUAUCGCAAAAACUACCUUUCGCAGAAUCUGCGAUAUCAAAGACAGCAGAACGACCGAGGGAAAUUAAAAGAGAAGAGCAAUUCUACGAAAACGUAAAGUCUCUCACAUGUCCCACCUGUGGAAAAGUUUGUACUCAACAAAGUGCAUUAUCAAAUCAUAUGCGCACUCACGAACCGAAGAGACAUAAAUGCGACAUUUGCGGUCGGUCAUUCGGGCUUUUUAUACGUCUGGCUGCACACAGAGUAACUGAGCAUAAUGUGCAGCCAACAAUGUUACCAGUUUUAUCAGCAGUUGAGCAGGAGGAAGCAUUAAAUGCUGAAAGAGAAGCAAGGGAAGCAAGAGAAGCUAAAACUCGUGGUGCUAAGAAUAAAUUCUAUUCCGAGAUGAUGGAGAAAAACAAUGUUCUGGUAGAUGACGAAUCUUCAACAAAACGUAAUUCUAGUGGCCUCAAAAACGUUGCAAGAUGCGGCAUUUGUCUACAAUGGUUCAGCGAUCAUACAACAAUGCUAACACAUCUCCAAACACAUUCGGACAAUUCCCAUAAAAAUUUCAUAUGUCACAUAUGUAAAAAAUCAUUUAAAGAACAAUCACAAUUGCUUAGGCAUGAGACUUGUCAUAAACGUCUAUCACUCGAUAAUGCUCCGCUAUAUACAUCUGCGGUUUGCAACAAAUCGUCGUCUAUGGAUAAAUCGCAACAAAAAAUGCACACAGUAGAUAGAACUUAUCACUGCGCAAAAUGUAAUAAAAUUUUUUUCAAAGAAGUAUCACUUCUCACUCAUCAGUGCACGAGCAAGGCACAAUUUGGAAAGAAGGUUGCUGCAAAAUCUUUGCAAAAGAUAUCUCACGAUAAUGACAAGAAAUACAAAUGUUCGAAAUGUGACACAUCUUUCGCAAGUUCACAAUCACGAAAUGCUCAUAUGAGAAUGCACGUCGAAAACACGCAUAACAAUACGGCACAAACACACGAAAUUAAAGCUGAAAGGGAUGACGAACCGAUGCCAAAAUUACGCCCAGAGACAUCGCUAGAAUACAAUAUAUCUCCUAUCGAGCCAAAAAUCGAAAUCAAUGAACAGAGUACACCCCCACCUCUUAAACGGACUCUCAUUAGAACCGCUAAUGGACAUCGAUGUGGUGUAUGUCAAUCACCAUUUGUGUCAAGAGAGUUAGCAGUGGCGCAUUUAAGAUCCGCACAUCCUGUGAUGCCAUAUCAGUGUCCUUAUUGCAAAAAACGCUUUACGACGCAAUACACGUUUACUCAUCACAUAAAAACAGAGCAUCCCGACGAACCCGAGAAAUAAAGGUUGUUUGAAAAUGCAUGUUGAAGAUAAUGGACAGAUCGAGAUUAUAUCACAAUAUGUGCCUCGUUAUACGUGACAAUUUUAUUUAUACUAUAUAUACAGGAUGUGAGACACAUAUAAAAUUUUAAAAAUAAUUAAUAUCUUAAAAAAUUUUAAAUAAAAGUAAAAGUUUUAAAUAAUAUAUAUAAUGACAAUCCUUGUUAUUACUGUUAUUAUUUAAAAGAGAGGCUGAUCUAUGGCAAGCAGUAAAUAUACUUUUCACACAAAACUGCAUGCAACUUUUACUUUAUACUAUGUUUUCUAAAACCAAAAUAUUUUUUAAGAUAUUAAUUUGUGUUAUAUCUUGAGCGUCUUGUUGCAUGUCAAUUUUCGGCUUAAUUAGUCUGGGACAAAAACUUUUCUAGUACAUAAUUGUGCGAACACUGAGGUUAGAUUUGUUACGAGGCUAUUGAUAUUAGUAUUUACACGAAACGUGCCUGUAUGUGCUUUGUUUUACAGCGUCAUAUAAAAAAAUGGAUUUUAUUUGUUAACCAUGCGAAAUAAAAGCAGUUCUAGAGCGACAAUAAGCACAUUUUAAACCCUUUGAAAAAUUGAUAUAAUUGUAUGAGUACACUGCCCGUUAGCGGUAACAAUUUGAUUAUGCAAUUUAUGUACAUGACAUAUAUUUUAGAUUUAAUUAUAUUUUAUAUAUUCAUGACUUUAUAAUUAAAUAAUAUAGUUACAGUAACGUAUCAAGAAUUCUAAAAUAUAUCAAUUACAAUCACUCUAGAAUUGUUUACUACAAAUAAUGUAUCCAAUUUUCUAAUGCCAUUGUAAGUUAUUUUGUGUUUAAGAGACUUCUCACAAUACCUCCAGUAAUAUGAUAUUGAAGGAAAAGGUAUUGAGAAUUCUAUCUUGUUCAAUCAUGUUAAAAUACAUUCCCUUUUAAGAAAUGUUUUGUGUAUCCAUAUUAAAAUCUUAUUUCGUGUUAUGUGAUUUUAUGUGUCGCCUUGUGAUACAAUGAAUUCUUUUUAAGGAUAUCCGAAAUCAUAGUUAUGACUAGAAAAGAAAAAUCAGAACAAUGCUACAUAAUUUAAAUAUGUACAUUGUCUUUGCGUAAGUUUAUUUUAUAUAUACCUUAUUUACAACAAUCGAUUAUCGAAAUUUUAUUUGCAAUAAAUUUAGUAAGAGAAA